AUGGCCCGUGCAUCAGUUCUAGCAGACGCUCUUAACUCCAUCAACAAUGCCGAAAAAACUGGUAAACGUCAGGUUUUGAUUAGACCUUCUUCAAAGGUCAUCAUCAAGUUCUUGCAAGUGAUGCAAAAGCAUGGCUACAUUGGCGAAUUUGAAUACAUUGACGACCACAGAUCUGGGAAGAUCGUUGUUCAGUUGAAUGGUAGACUAAACAAAUGUGGUGUUAUUUCUCCACGUUUCAAUAUCAAGUUCAACGACAUUGAGAAAUGGACUGAAAACCUUCUCCCAGCAAGACAAUUCGGAUACGUAAUUUUGACUACCUCCGCUGGAAUCAUGGAUCACGAAGAGGCUAGAAGAAAGCACGUCGCCGGUAAAAUUUUGGGCUUUGUCUACUAA